AUGGCCGCCGAGAUGAAUCUAUGAUCAGCUUCAGCUUUAUACGUACCAGCCGCCUCCUCCCCUACAUCCUCAUUGCCCUCUCCACCGGCCUGGCAGCUGCGGGUACAGUGCAUCCUGCACAGUGCGACUGGGGCAUCGCAAAGACCAAGGUGAAGAUCAAAACCCUAAGCUACUACUGAAGGGUGACUGUGCUUAUGCAUUUGAUGUGGCAGUUUCCAGGCGGCAUAAUACCGAUUAACCUAUUAAAGGAAGUCAACUGUAUUUUGUUCUACUACUAAAUAUUUAUCAGUCUACGUUGUCAUGUUCAGACGUCAAGAACUAUCUGGAAUGCAUAAAAUGAUGCGACCAGUCACUAGCGGUACUGUUUCAUUCUGUACAAGCGGCAAGUCCUCAUGUCUUAAUGAUGACCGUAUGAGGAGUGUGGAUCAAUUUGGCUUGUAUACCACUCAGCAAAGCAAGUACACCCAUUCUGUCAGUCAUAAGACCAUUUCUUGCCAGACUCAAGAAACCAUAAAUGAGGCACACUUGCAAACCACAAGCAGCAGGGAUCUGGAGACAAAAGGUGAUGGAAAGAAAAAGAAGAAUCUGGGCAGAUCUGGGAAGCGAGGAAGGCCUUCUGGGACCACCAAAUUAGCAGGGUACAGAACCAGCACUGGAAGACCAUUAGGAACCACCAAAGCUGCUGGAUUUAAGACAAGUCCGGGCAGACCCUUGGGCACAACCAAAGCUGCUGGAUACAAAGUCAGCCCAGGGAGACCUCCAGGUAGCAUUAAAGCUCUAUCGCGGCUUGCAAACCUAGGUUACCCAAGUAACAAUGCAGCAUUCCCAUACCCCUCAGCAAUUAGCAGAGGACUACAUUCUGCUGUGGAAUCCAGCAUCAAACAUCCCAUUGAGUAGCUUUGUGUGAAUGUGUAUAUAUUAGCAUAAAACAUAAAGAAUCGCCAGAUGUUUGUUUAUAUAGCUAUCAUGUGGUCUUAAAUUUUAUAUAAGCAAAUUUUCUGCUCACAUAAUUUAAACUUUACAAUUUUACAGAAAAGAAAGAAAAUGAGCAGGAUAUUUAGUAUAAGCCAUGUGACCUACAUACAUGGUACAAAAAAAUGAAAAUUCUUAUCAUUUUACUGGCUUGUAAUAUUUAUUUUUAGUGUGUGUGUGUUUAAAUAUGCAUGUUGAGGUAGAGUACGGAAUAAUUUAUAGUUCUUUGUAGAGAAUUGUGGCAGCACAUUUUGUUUAAACAUGUCACAUAUGAACUGGUAAAAGAGUCCUAUGACACCAAGGAAAUAUUUCAUAAUGUGUAUUAUACAAUAUCUUUAUAAUUUACAGUAUAAAUGAAAAAAAUGUAUGCUAGCUAUUUUUAGUUAAACUAAGCAAAAAGCCAAAAAUAAAACACCCAGUCAAGGGCAUGUAGUAUGUCCUAAGUAUCCUAAUGCCAGUCGAGCACAGGUCUAUUCUAGCCAAAGAAAACUUUUUGAAGAGCUUGGCUUAAAUUUGUUUGCAUUCUGAAUUUAUGCAGUUUUUUUCAAUCCAUCAGUCAGUUGCUUGGUUUACUUUUCUAUUGUUAUAAAUCUAGACAAGCAGUUUGAGACAGUGCAACGAACGCUAAACGGUGUAAUUGGUAGAUGUUUAGACCACUAGCAUAAAAAAAAAGAAGAAAAAAAAGCGCUUAGUGAUAGGAGAUAAUCUUUGUGUAUAUUGAGUAUGUUGAGAGACAAAAUAAAUGUGAGAAUUACUGGGGAGAAUAUGUUUGGUUGUGGUUUAUGCAUCCAGGGUAAUAAUUAUAAACUGCUAAGCCCCAAGGCAAAAUCUGAGACCAGAUCCUGCACCACAUACACAAGCAAAUGUGUUCAGGAGCCCAUUAGUAAACCUACCCCUUGCAGUCAUGUCCAUGUAUACAGGCUUCUUUCUAUGAUCAGUGCUAUGUGUAGUUGGGUCUAAAGUCAGUUGAGGUAAAUACUUUACUUUGUUUUAAUAACACAAGAUGACAAUCUGUUGCUGAUUUGAUUGAAAGGAUACUUUGCCUGAUUAAGAAAAGAUGUCAUGUUUCAUACCUUUUUUAUCAGGAAAAAAGCAGCAAGCCUUCAUGGGUUCCAGUGAUGCAUAGGACAAAAUGGUCUGGACUUUACAGUAAGAGGUGUCCAUGUUAUAUAUUGUGGACAUUUUUAACAGUCACAUGCAGCUAAUGAAAUGACUUUACCAACAUUUUUCAGGUGAUAAUAACUGUAAAAAUUUGCUCAGCUGGAUGUUUUUUUUUUUCUUUCUUUCUGGCAGCUAAAUGGUUACAGUUGCUGAUUUAUGUAGUUAAAGCAGCAGUCCUGUCCAAUUGAGUAACAUCAUGUAAAUACUAUCAAACUUUUUUUUAAAUAUUGGGGUUUGUAUUUGUCUUAAUAACGCUUUGCAAUUUAAGUAUCACUACUAGCACAGAAAUGUGUGCUAAGUUGACCCAAAUUAAUAAUUAUAUGUUAUUAUUAUUAUUAUUAUUAUUAUUAAUAAUAAUAAUAAUAACAAUGCAAUUUAUUGUAAGUAUUCUCAGAACUAUUUGGGUAUUAUUAUUAUUCUUCUUCAAUGAUCAGUGUAACUAAGCAGGAGUAUUGCUUUAACUUAACAACAAUAUAAAAAUGCUGCUUUUCUUACACGUUCCUUUCAUAAAGUGGAGAAUGUGUGAAUGAUUUUAUAAGUGUUUGAUUUUAAUAUUAAUAUGCUCAUCAACAAAAAGAAUGCCUCUUUAAAUUGUAUUUGUAAAAGGUUCCUACUUUAAGUAAGGAAAAAGAUACAUUUGGAAUGUUUUCCCAACCUUAUAUCUGAAUAUGCUAUAUGUUAACAUUGACUUUGUCCGGCUCAUGAUCUCUAAAAGUGAAUGGUGUCUCUCUUAAUUUCUAUUUUAAAUAUAUUCUUUUAUUCGAUUAAUGUAAUUCAUGUACUUGUAACUUACGCAGAAAGCAUCUGCUUUAUAUCACUUUGUUUGCUAAAAUAAUGGACUUUUCGACUCAACACUCAUGGAGCUACUACUGUGAUUCAGAGACCUGUGGAACCAUCUAGAAGGGACCUGCAUCGGGUUCAGCUCAAAUGAAGUGAUGCAACUCAAUGUGUUCACUUGUUCUACAAAACAAAAUAUCCUCUUGGAAGCUCUAAAACUGACUACAUUUAUAGCAGUUAUUUUGGAGAAAGGACUCCAACGCCUCAGGAAGGCUUCUUGAUUGGGAAAAAAAAAUCCCUUUUGACAUUCUGUUUUAAAAGAAAUACUGUUUGUUUUAUUUUUACUAUGACUGUCUUGUCAUCUAUCUUUGAAAACGUCAAAAAGGGACCUGAGUUAUUUGCUAUCUUAUAUGUAUAGAUAACAUUAUCUUAAAUAUAUAUAUAAACUCUAAAGAAAAAAAAAAUCACCUCAAAUGAUAAACAUAUGAGCACAUUACCCUUGAAUGGUAAACUUCAAAUUAUAUUAAUUCUUUCAAUUUUGUGUCAUUUCUCAUAUUGUGAAGUCACAUGGUAAUAGGGUAAAUGUUUGCGUGUGUGUGUAAAUAACAAAAUAUUUGCCACAGUUUUGCAUACUUAAGAAUGGAAAAUCAUUUUACUGGAUGUCAAGAUUAAAAAAAAAGGCGAAGAGGUUUCUUUUUUCCGACCACAAAAUAAUAAACCCUCAAAGUACAAAUGUAGUUGCUGAACACAUUUUUAUGUGUAUAUCUAUCCCCGCAUUGACACAGCUGUCACACAUUUCUGUUUAGCUUUCCCUUUUGCAAAAUGUAUUUCCUGUGUGUGUAUGUAUAUAUAUAUAUAUAUAUAUAUAUAUAUAUAUAGAUAUAUAUAUAUAUAUAUAUUUGUGUGUGUUUAUAUAUAAUUAUUAUUAGAAUAUUAGAAUAUGUUUAAUCUUUUAGUUGCUGUAAGCAUACAAGGCUGCUGUCAAUUGAAAAUUUUAACGCAACCAUAAACUGUCAUUUUAGUAUAAAAUAACAGGUUUAAGCCUGCAAAUUUGAAUUAGGUGGAAUGUUUAUGGAAAAGAAAGGAUUUGGUAGAAAAGUUAGAAAAAAAUGUCAAUAGAUCAGUUUUUGUUGCAGGUAUUACAUUUGAAGUAUUACCUUCUAAGAGGGGUGUUCUCUUGAGUUCUGAAACAGUUAACCUUGUGAGACAGUUUCUUUAGCCAAAAAAAAAGUGUUUAAUUGAUUCUACAUACAAAUAUGGCAGGUGACCACAGUUUCAUGUAUUACAUUUGUAAUAUAUUUUUUAUACCUAAACAUAAUCUUACUGUCAUUUUUUUAUUACAUCCUGAUUUGUAGUUCAUGCUAAUAUUUUCAGAUUCCACUGGUGUAUAUGGAUUACAGCAAAAAAAAAAAAAAAGUGGAGGGAAUAUUUAUGGCAAGAGAACUAUUAAUUAAAAUUCUUAAUUGUAAAAUGUGUUUGGGCUGUGUUGAACUCUUGUUGUAGCCUGUUAUAUUACAUCCUGCAUGUUUACUAGAAACUCUUCUUGGGACUACUCAGUGCUGCCUUUUCUAGAUACUUUAAAUAUUUUUAUAGAGCAGUAAGUUUCAGCAAGGUUGUGAUGAAGUAUCCAGCUGAGAAUGACUGUGUCCCAUACCAGUCAUGGUAUCUCUCUGUGACUAUAAGCUCUUUAGUAUAGUCUAUAUCUACAUUUUUUUUUAUAAAAUUGCAUAACUUUGAAUAUUUGGAUUGUUAUAGAUCUAUAUAAAGUAGGCAUGGGCAUGUAGGCAGCGACAUUUGGCUAUUUUCAGUGCAAAUGCAGAUCUUUGUGUGUUGCACUUUCAUACUGAUUUAUCUGAAAAUAGCUGAAUGCCGCUGCCUACAGCCAUAUUCGGCGUAUGUUUAGCAAUCGAAUGCUGAAUCUCAACUUUCUCCCAUGCCUAAUAUAAAAUGAAAUCAGGCUUUCAAAUGCGAACAUAUGCCAAGAAAGUUAAGGAAGGAACUGGUCUGGUGUAAUGUGUGCUACAUGUUAAUUAUUUUUUACCCACAAUCAAAGAUUCUUUUUUUUUAUUUUAUUUUUUAUUUGUCUAGUUGAUGUAAUUUCCUAAUAAACGUAUUGUUGACAACGA